UGAAAUCUUCUAUGGUGGAUAUGGAUGCUAACAAAAAAGAUGAGAAUGGAGGAAGUAUUUACCAUCCUGAAACUGGAGAAAAAGUAGGAUAUAAAUUAGUUGAAAAAUAUGGGAUAGAAGGAAUUAAUCACCGAGAACUUUAUCUAGGAAAAGUAGAAGAUUUGGUGGAAGAGAUGUUGAACUUUAUUUAUUUAUCCCAACACAAAUCAAAACCAACAAAAAAUAAAAAGACUUAUUCUAAGUCAGUUUCUAUUAAUCUUUUUUCUUCAUUUCCUAAUAAUAGACUAGUGAGUAAAAAAGAGAAAAAAACAGUUAAUGCUACUUUCGAGGGGAUAAAAAAGAAUUAUAUUUUUGACCGCGGAAAACCAAUUCAUAAGAUUCGGUUAAAUGUAGAUAAU